ACGUGACCAUGGCCACGACGACGAAGACGCACAAGGUGGACUUGGAAGUGUCUUCUGUUUACUUGUCCACGGAUAUGCAAGUGUCCCUACUGCGUGAACUUUUGAAAUGGUUUGAACGACGAGUCUGUGCAUGCUACGCUCGUGUGAAGGCGGCGAACCUACCAAUCGUGCCAGUCGUGGUCGCCGCGACCGAAAUCGUCGCAGUGCGGGUGGGCAUCCCUCGGUUUGUCAAUUCUCUGGCUCACAUCACCGAGCCUUGGAUAUCAUCUAUCGAUGGUAUUGUCGGCGGACGAUUUCUCAGCACCAUCACAUUCAUCGUGCGCACUUGUUGCCCCCACGACGCCAACAACGUGCGACGAUCCACUGAUGCUGUCGAUGCCCAGUCGUGUCUAACCGUCGAUCAACUCAAGGACCAACUCGUACGUGUUCAGGCUCGAUUAGCCAUGGAAACACAGGAGAAGGAAGCGCUCCAUGCCACCGUGUGCCGUGUGCUGGCCACGAUGACAGCUGAAAACGACAGCUUGGAAGCGUUGUGCCAUGACGCACCAUCGCGUGGCUCAUCGGCUGGUCGGAUCAAGGCACUGGAAGACGAAUUGCAUGCGUUGCGUGUAGACAUGGCGUCUGUCAUGUCGGAAAACGACCAGCUUCGGAGGGAACUUGCAGCUGUGUCUCCCCCGUCCUCAACGUCAAAGGGCGAAUUCAAGCCAGACAUGACCCAGUCCGUUCAUGAUCAAGACUUAUCGGACACCAGUAGUUCUAUAGACAGUAGUUCUGUAGACAUCUCCCCAACAUCGCCGCCACAAGCGGGGCUUCCCAUGGAACUUCCAUCAUGGACGAUGCUUCCGUGCCGCCAAUCCUGCCGCCACCAGUCGACAGAAUCAACUCGGCAUGUGCAAGACUGAACACUCGAUGUUAUCGAGUGCGUUACAUAUCCCUGCCAUCACUACGCCCCCAUACGAAGCAACGUGGACACGUUGGAUGGCGUUAGCGCGUGAAGUUGGCUCGCUUCUAACAUGGUUUGAAUUUGGACGGACGCCAUGUCUAGUUUGUGUUGGGUUGCCAGCGCAUCCCCCAACACUCUGGCUUUGGCAGUGGGCAUGUGGAGCACCGCCGACGCUUCUACCAGCCUACGUACACUUGCAUCAUGAAUGGCCACGUGUCCAACCACAUUGAACGAUGAUCCUGAUGAGAGAGAUGGAACAACCUCCGAACAUAAGCAUCAGGCCGACUAGUGUACGGGCGCAAGACCAGAG